AAAUAGGGUGCAGGGCUUGUACAAUUCUCAUCAAUUUCCUUGUUCUUCUCUACGGGUUUUAAAGCCUUCCUGCACAAACCACACUUAGUCAGUUUCCAGCCUGCACUUAGAGGGAAAAUGGGUUUAACAAGUUGGCCCUCCUGCAUUUCUCCUGCCUGCAUUUUUCUUGCUGUGUUCCUCAUUUUCUCAAACAUGCCUUGUGAAGCUCAGCUAUCUCCAACAUUCUAUGCUGAUACCUGUCCAACAGCACUCACCACCAUCCGGACAGCUGUCAGAACAGCGGUGUCACGUGAGCGUAGAAUGGCAGCAUCGCUGAUUCGUCUCCACUUCCACGAUUGCUUUGUUCAGGGCUGCGAUGCAUCAAUCUUGCUUGACGAUUCCUCCUCCAUUCAAAGCGAGAAGAAUGCACCUAAUAAUUUGAAUUCAGUUAGAGGGUAUGAAGUCAUAGAUAAUAUCAAGUCCAAGGUGGAGAGCAUUUGUCCAGGCGUUGUAUCUUGUGCAGACAUUGUUGCAGUCGCAGCCCGAGAUGCAUCUGUUGCUGUUAGUGGCCCAACGUGGACAGUGAAGCUUGGAAGAAGAGACUCCACCACUUCAGGCCUCAGCCUAGCUGCAACCAACCUACCAAGCUUUAGGGACAGCCUCGACAAGCUUGUUUCCUUGUUCGGCAGCAAAGGUUUGAGUGCAAGAGACAUGGUGGCCCUUUCUGGUUCUCAUACAAUUGGCCAAGCUAGAUGCGUGACAUUCCGUGAUAGGAUAUACAAUGGAACUGACAUUGACGCUGGCUUUGCCAGUACCAGGAGACGCCGUUGUCCUGCUGAUAAUGGGAAUGGUGAUGCCAAUCUUGCACCCCUUGAGUUGGUGACACCCAAUUCUUUUGAUAACAAUUACUUCAAGAAUCUCAUUCAAAGGAAAGGCCUUCUUCAAUCCGACCAAGUACUUUUUAGUGGAGGAUCCACCGACACUAUUGUCAAUGAAUACAGCAAGAGCCCAAAAACUUUCAGGUCUGACUUUGCAUCUGCCAUGGUAAAGAUGGGAGAUAUCGAACCUCUCACUGGAUCUGCUGGAGUGAUACGGAAAUUCUGCAACGUCAUAAACUAAUUACUCCACCAGUUUCUUCAUUCAAAAUCUCGAAGUGUCAAUAAUGUUUUUCAAUACUUCUUCCCUUCAUUUCCUUCUUUUCCUUCAAUAUUGUUCGUCUUAAUGGAUCAUAUUAUGAAAAUUAAUGUCAUUAUUUCAUUCUGUACUCUAUAAUAAAUUCUUAUUGAUGUUGUCCUCUAA